CUAUAUGUUUGAGUUUGCACAAUAACUUAUUAUAGUUAGUAUAGCCUUUUUUAGUCAGUAAUAAUGAUGAUAGUAUUCUUAUCCAUGCAGAGUUUGUCAUUGGCUGCCAGCUAGUUUUAUGGAAAAAUUUGAAUUCUUAUGAGUUGUGAUGAUCAUCAUGCUUUGUGAUAAACAGUAUUCUUGUCUUAUAAUCUUCUACUUAUGACAUUAUUCUUGUCUCGUUUUGUAUCAGUAGAUUUCUUGGUACAAGAUACCUGUAAUAUCAAGAAAUUGUGUUUUCAUCAAUUUGUAUCAGUAGAUGUAUAUAUCUGUGUUAAAUAUGAAUAUUGUAUAUAUUAGAAAAUAGUUCAUGCUAUGCUAAUAAACGUAUUAGUGAAAUGCAAUUAACCUGUUAGAAAUAGCAUCAAAUUGAACUUUAGCAUCCUUGAAUUCAGGGAUUUCUAACAUAUCAUUUAGCUGUAGGUCUUCUUUUUUUAAUUUCUGAAUUGAAACAGUACUUCAGAAAACAGAGAAUAGCUCAUGAUCCUAUAUAUUUAGUGACUAUAUAUUUUGUCGUAUCUAAGAUAAUUAUAUACAUACUUCUAGAGUUCAUUAUUACAGAAAAGAAGCUUCAUUUUGGUUUAAUUUGUGCUUUUAAACAUAAUUGGUUUAUUCUGAACAGAUUGAAACUUUUGGUUGAAGCUUCUAACCAGAUUUUGUCAAAACAAAAGUAAUAGUGUCGUGGCAAGUAAAAUGUUUAGAGAAAUAUGGUUAAGUUACUACUUCAGCAAUCUGAACCUGGAAUGAGGCCAGAAGAAAUCGAAGUUUUGUUACAAGAUGCCCAACACUCUCCAGUUGAUGCGAAUAGCGCUUAUGGAUCAACCCAUGUUCCGAACCACUAAACGCAGAAACCCUCUCUCCGAUCGCACCAACACUCUUAACUCUUCUUCUUCUCCACUUUCCAUAAACCCUAUCAAACCCAAACCCAAAUCCAAACCUCCUUCUACUUCUUCCGAACCUCGCCUUAAUAAACCUUCUUCAUGCGCCUCUUCUACCAACGCUUCCACAAAUCUCCAAAGCACUUCUUCGAACCCUGCCGUUGCUCCUCCUCCGCCUUCGUUGCCGAAAACCUCGUCUCCUCCCGGGAAUUUUGUUGAUCUUGAGGAUUUUGAGCCUAUUUCAGUAACCUACGGCCGAAGAAGUGCUCCAAAUAAAAGGAAGGAUAAAGGGAAGGCUUUGGCAUUUCCUGACAUCAGCACACCCAUUUUGAAGCUCUCUGAUACAAGCAGCCCGAAAACUGAUGGUGGUAAAAGUGCAAAUCUACCUAAAGCCAAGGCAUUGACAGGUCCUUUGAGAAAGAAGCAGCGCACCACAUCAUCCGAAGAUACGCUCAAGAAUUCCGAGCUGCAAGAUUACAUUGAAAAACAGAGAGCCUACUUCAAAAUGAUUGAUGAAUUUGAACUAUUGGAAGAGGAAGUUGAAACAGAUGAUGAACCGGAUGAAGUGGCAAAGAUGCGAUCCAAGUGUAACUAGCAGCUAGAACGUUGUUUUUUUGUUUAGCUAGUUGUAUAGUAAUGAUAUAUCAGUUUUCUAAACGAUGUAGAUUCAAUCCCUCUAACAAAAUAUAAUAUUCUUGUAAACCUUUUGGUCAUGAUGAAUUCCUGAUCUCACAGUGAUGUAAAUUGUAUGGAUAAGCUGAAUAAAUAUUAUGAUUAUUUU